GUUUAACAUGCUUAAUGUAUAGCUGCUGUUCGAUGAAUCAGUUUAAUGGAAAAUAGUAACUGCACACAAGGGAAUGAAACAGAACAAGGACUUUCAUGCAGCACAAAUUUAAAGGAGGAUGGCUUUGUAUUUGUCCGUCUUAAUACGCCUUCACAGAUAAAAGAAGUAUAUGAAAUCGGUCCAGUUCUAGGUGAAGGUACUUUUGGCAUUGUUUAUCGUGGUAUACGGAAAUGUGAUGGUAUGAAAUGUGCAAUUAAAAAGAUUUCACGGGCAAAAUCUUUCUCGUCAAGUGAACGUGCACGUUUAGAUCGUGAAAUAUCUAUAUUAAGACGUGUUAAACAUCCUGGAAUUAUACAACUUCUCUCUGUAGUUGAGUCACCAAACAUUUUAUUCCUUAUUACAGAAUUAUGUGAAGGUAAUUCAUUAGAAUAUUAUAUGAAAAAAUUACCAAAAAAUACUGCAUUACAAGAAUAUAUUGUAGUAGCUAUUGUCAGACAAAUUGCUUCAGCUUUAUCCUAUUUACAUAAUCGUGGUAUUGUACACAGAGAUUUAAAACCUGGUAAUAUUAUGUUAUCAAAUAAAGUCCAUUUAGAUUUUCGUACUAUACCUUUGGUAAAUUUUAAAUCAAAUUAUAAAUAUUCAUUAGACAAUAGAAUUAUUUCAUUAGAUUCUGUAAUGAAAUAUCAAAAGCCUAAAAUUGAACAUACCACAAUGUUACACAAUGAUUCAUGUUUCAAUUAUAAUGAUACAACAUGUUCAGCCAUAUUGACAACUACAACUACAACCACUACAACCACGACAACAACAACAGCAUCAACUGAAACAGAAUACUCAUAUUUAUUUACUCGAAAUAAAUCAAUGCAUGUUACAAAACCAAUCAAUAUUUAUACUACUCAUAAUUCGUCUACAUUAUUAGACUGUAAUAAUAAUACUAAAACAACAACAUCAACAACAAAUGAUCAUCAUUGCAAUUUACAAUCAACAUUCCGAUCAUUACAAUUUGAUAAUCAUCACUGUAUAAAUUUUGAAGAGAAAUAUCCACCGAAAGAAUUACAAACAAAAUUAAUUGAUUUUGGUUUAGCUAUAAAAGUACGUAGAAAUGAAGAACCAUUAGCUAAUACAUGCGGUACACCAUUGUAUAUGGCACCAGAAGUAUUACACGGUCGAUCAUAUACACGUCAAUGUGAUGUAUGGAGUUUAGGUAUUAUUGUAUUUAUCUUACUGACUAAUCAAACACCAUUUCAAUCACAAAAUGGUAGACAAUUAAUGCAUGAAUUAAAUCAAUGUAAUAUAGAAAAAACAAUUGAAAAAUUAGAUAAUUAUAUUACAACUUAUUGUAAAGAAUGUUUAAUACGUUUAUUAACUAUUGAUCCAGCGUAUCGUUUAACAGUGAAUCAAUUACUUAUUGAUCCAUGGUUAUCCUAUUAUCCAAUGUAUAAUAAUUCGAAUGAUUUAAUUCAUCAUACCAGUGAGGAGACAAUAAAAAAAAAAGAGAAAACAUGUGAACAAUUGAAUUUAUUAUCGACAGUUCAUUCAACAAAUGAUUUAUUACAUGGUAAUUCAAUUAUACCAACAUGUUGUUAUAAUCAUAGUAGUAGUAGUGGUAGUGGUAGUAGUAGUAGUAAUCAUAAUAUUCAUAAAAGUAUUUCAAAAUUAUCAUCAUUUUGUCCAUUGAAUACAACAAAUACAACAUAUUCUACAACAAAUGUUCUUGAGCUGAUGAAACAAUAUCGUAAAGAAUUAAAUAGUUGUAAACAAAAUGUGGAAGAGUCAAAUCAAUUAGAAUAAUAAGUUUUACUUGCUAUAGAUAUCAUCAUAACUAUCAAUUGAUCAAUGAAAUAUAUUAAUAAUAAUA